AUGAAGAGGAAGUGACCUCUUUUGCGCGACACGGUCGCGUGCUCGAAUGAUUCAUCUGGCUUCCGCCAACACGUCAUCGUAAAUAACCAUCUACAUUUUGUGUAGCAAGUUUUAAAGAAGCUCUUUGGAAAAGAAAGCAGUUACGAGCUAACAGAAGCCUGUACGCGACGCUGUCUGAGACGGUCAGCUCGUCUGAGUGUGGAAUGGAUGAUGUAACGAUCGAAGACGAUGAUUCCACUUUCCAUGUGAAGAAGCCACCCUUAAAAAACCAAGACUUGAGUUCCCUGAGCCUGACUGUUGAGGAGUUCGUGGCCCAUUAUGGCUGGUACCUGGUGUUUGGAGCUGUGAUGUUCUACCUGCUCAUUCUGCACUUGAACAAGAGGAGAUCAAGCCAGCGCAGCCCAACGCCACAAGCCUCACAAGAUCCAACACUGGUGGAAAGGAGAGAAGAGGCUAUGGCAGCAGCCAGGAUGAAGAUGCAAGAAGAGCUUGAUGCCAAAGCGUCCAUCUUUAGAGAGAAACAGAAAUUGCAAGAAGAGGAGAAGAGGAGGCAGAAAAUAGAGAUGUGGGAGAGUAUGCAGCAGGGAAAGAGUUAUAAAGGAGCUCCAAAACUCUCUCAGACUACUGAGGAGACCAGCUCAUCCCAGACGAUGCUGAAACCAAAGAAGGACAAGAGGCCUUUUCGCAAUGCAGAUUACAAUCCCCUCACUGGACAGGGAGGAGGUUCUUGUUCCUGGAGACCUGGCAGGAGAGGACCCUCAUCUGGUGGAUGAGGUUAAAAAAGGUUGGAGGCGCUGGACCUUUGACCUCUGACAUCCUGAUGUACACACUGGCUGUGGAAAUUAAGCUGAUAAUGUCACCUAUCCCAUGCUUUAUUAGAGUUGAGAAUACUUCAUAGUUGUUGAUCAGUUGGCAUAAUUGAUGACAUGUACCUGCACCAUGUUUUAUUUCUCUUCGGUGUUCACUUUCAACCCAUUGUAUGCUUUUAGUAGAUAACUGAACUGAAAAUUAUUUGCUUGUCAUGAAGCCAUUCCUAUAAACGGUUAUAACCAGUAGGGUUGGCUGAUGAUUUUCACACAACCAGUGUAUGUGUGUGUGUGCGUGUGUGGGGGGGUCUCCUUAUAUAUUUUAUUUUGUUUAUACCUAAGUGUGCCACUAUAGCUGAAUAGUUUAUAUUACUCCAGGACUCUAGCUGGUGGAUAAAACAGAAUGAAAUUGAACUUUCGGAUUAUAUAGUUGAAAAAAUUGAUAUAUAAAAAUGGAAGGAGGUUCUGUACAUUGUUGUGCUCAUUUGCAUUAUACAAUAAAGAAUACAGUCUGCAGGAUUUUAAA